CUUUGUUGAGGCUGAGGUCCAGGUCCGUGAGGAGAUCGUGGAAAAGGCGCAGGAAGCAGCAUCUUCUGGUGAUGUCAACAGCAGUUGGUGUCUGAUUAGAUUGUUCAGCAUCUUAUGAUGUACUGGUCCUGAGACUGGCAGGUUUUUGAUCCUUUCAACUCUUAGGUCAAGAGGGCCUUUCAUCCUUUGCAAGCCAGCUUGCCUUGAGGAGCGCAUGACAAACCGGUGUGGUCACAAGGACACAAACUUCAUUCGGAUCUAAGGAGACAGGGAAGGAGGGCACCGCGCACUAGUUGAAUCAUGUCCAGCGCUCUGCACUGCUGUGGGUGUGGUGCUGUCAGCAGCUCCGUCUUCAUCGACUCUCACCAGAACUCAAGGUCCAAAUUGCAAAAUACUCAGAAGGCAAUACUAGUGCCCCUGAGAUUGCCAGAGGGCCUUUGGAGACAAGCGGGGGGUGGUAGACACGCCAGCGCAGCGAUGGCGAGGGCAGCUGUAGCAGUGGACGAAUCACUAAGUCGUGCCCGUGCCCCAGUCCCCGCACCUGCGCACCCCUCGUAUGAGCUGUCCACAAUUAUUCAGCUGGCCCUGAAGGAAGAUGCAGGGGAUCGAGGGGAUGUCACUUGCUUGGCCACCAUCCCUCCUGUCACUCAGGCUGAGGCGCAGUUCCUGGCGAAAGCAGACGGGGUCCUGGCGGGAGUCGCUGUUGCAGACGCUGUGUUCCGGGAAGUGGAUCCGACUUUGAAGGUCGAGUGGUCAGCAGAGGACGGGGACCUGAUUGCAAAAGGUCAACAUUUUGGAACGGUCCGAGGGAACGCCCGCAGUAUACUGACCGCCGAGCGCAUCGCCCUCAACUUCAUGCAACGAAUGAGCGGGAUCGCCACUGCCACACGGAAGAUGGCUGAGGCCGCGAAACCCGCCCGCAUAUUGGAGACGAGAAAGACCGCUCCUGGACUGCGGCUGAUCGACAAGUGGGCGGUUCUGAUCGGCGGGGGCGAGAACCACCGGAUGGGCCUCUUCGACAUGGUGAUGAUCAAAGACAACCACAUCGCGGCGGCCGGCGGAAUCGAGGGGGCGGUAGAAGGCGCCCGGGAAUACCUGCGGGAAAACAAUCUAGACAUGGGAGUGGAGGUGGAGACUCGCACUUUGGCGGAAGUGGAGGCGGUGCUCGGCUGCCUGGGCGAGGGCCGGGGGCGCGUGACUCGCGUCAUGCUGGACAACAUGGUGACGGUAUCACCGGACGGUGGUGUAGAUACGGACAUGCUGCGGACGGCCGUCAAGCUGAUUGACGGCCGGUGCGAAACUGAGGCGUCUGGCAACGUCACUUUGGCGACCGUGAAUGCGAUCGGAGCGACGGGCGUGACUUUCAUCUCGAGUGGUGCUUUGACACACAGCGUGACUGCUCUGGACAUCAGCCUGAACAUAGAUACAGAGCUGGCUCUUGAAGUAGGAAGGCGGACAAACACAGCGUGAAUGCUUCAACCUUCUGUUGCGUCCUGUCACGAUUGCUCGCAUUAGCAGUUCCAGCAUCUGAUGCAAUUUGUUUCGCAUCAUGACAUGCUGUGCACUUUAGACGUACCUUGACGCCGCUCUUGCCGCGCUUUGUUUCUUGUCGAAAGUGCCGCCUCGAUCCCCAAUUCAUUGCAAUCUGCUUCUCUUGUAAUUCUGCAGUCGCACUGCACAAUCUCAAU